GGUUUCUGCGCAUUUCAAAUCCCGAAGAUAUGCACGCCCUUACUUCGUGACACGUUCUGGGCAAAUCAGGCACGUAGGCUUUGCUUAUUUCACGAAUCUAUUGGUCUAUGAACAUACGUGGUGACAUCAAUUUAAUGACACACUGAUCUGUCAGAUGACCUACUUUCGGAAGAUAAGAAUGUGCAAUUCCUCCUCAUAUAUGCAGUUUGGAGUUUCGCCUUACGAUCUUCCACAGUCAAUGGAGUCAUAACUAGAAUUUCUAGUUGUUACUACGCAGAUCAAGCAUGCCCAGACGCCGAGGCUUGACUUCUCGCGCUGACCCUCCCCCGCUUCCCCCUGGCGGGGGCCCACAGCUCAAUCCAUUCAAUCGGGAUCCCAGCGACACAAUCAAAUGGAUCCGAAGACUUGAUGUGGACCGUGAAGAAAACGACGGAUACGUUUUUCACGUGGCAAUUGGAUCUAAAGAGUAUGCCUUGAAAAUUUUCAAAUUUAGCCACCCCUUACUCAAUCGUUUCUAUCGGGACUUGUGCCUACAGAGCCCAUUACCCUUGAAAGAGGGAAUUUGGUAUACAGAUCCGUUUUAUGCAGAAUGUCGCGCUUACGGGAGGAUACAAGAAGGAUUUGAGUCACGUCUGGUCACAGAGCAGACGGCAGUGAAGUGCUACGGAUACUUGCUGUUGGACGAGGAUGACUCUCGCUGGUUGAAAAAAGAAGGCAUUGAUCUGGACCAACAUCUGCUAGACCCUGAGCUGUGCGAAGCUCUUGGCGGAGAUACUAGAGUUCGAGCAAUCGUCAAGGAAUUUGAAAAAAGCCCCUUCAAGAUUCAUGCUAGGAAUAUCAGAAGAGCUUGGAGAAGUGUAUGCCUACUCAACAACUGUUUGGAGCUCUAUAACAUGGAUAUCAAGGCAGAAAAUUUCAUUGGCUAUAGACUAGUGGACUUUGGUUCAUCUUGGACCGAGCCACACAAACUUCUAGAUUUCCUAGAAGGAAAGAGGGAGAAUACGGCUAAAGCCUUUAGGUUGAAGGAUACAGUCAACUUCAAGAAUAUGAUUGAAGAAGAAAAUAUUCAGACGCGGCUCAAGGUCUUAGCAAAGUCGGAACAUCAAUUACGAAGCAAAGGAAAGCCAGAGUGGGCAGAUCGUGAACUGCCUAAGCGACGGAGAAUUGCUUCUACAUGAGGUCGUUAAUGUAUUGUGGCUUUAUUUUCCUGAUUUCACAUACACAUUGUACCAGAUGAACUCAUUCUAGUUCAUUUCUAUACAAGUCUACACAUCCGUGAUAUGGCCAUUCAAACCACAUCGCGCUUACCUGUAAUAUCAGUCCAAUCUGUCUGGGUCUGGAGCAUCUCCUGGAUAGGCAUCGCGCACUACUUAGCUAGACUGAUUAUGCCCCCAUUGCCCUUCGGAGCAGGUUCUUUCUAGUCAUCAGCCCCGGACUAUACACCUUCUCAGAUAUCGGCCAGGCUGCUAUUGAUCAAUGGCAAUUCUCUCACAUCAUCGGGUUUCCUACCAAUACCUGCCGCCGGGUACAUUUUCCUGACUGUUGUUGCAAAUCCCGAAGCAAAAUCUGUCACGGAGGUGUGAAGUCAAUGGAAUGGAACUAGCAUUACCUUUAGAAGC